GCCAUCAAAUGGCCCGAUCUUGAUGGCGCGGCGGCGAUGCAUCCGCUACCAGCACGACCAACGGGUCGUGCAGGUGUGGAAACCAGUGCACUUGACCGUUCCGAAAAUGACGCGUUCGACUCGCGCAGUUUCGCCGAAAAUUCCUUGACGAACCUUGUGCAUCCGGCCCCUGCCCCAUACUCGUUGCCAGCUCCCGAUGUUCCGCCGUCCCAGCAAUACCACGAUGAUCCCGCAGCUUUUGGGGGUCAAUAUCCGCAGCAACCUGAAGGUUACUAUGACCCAUAUCGAGGUCCCGUGCCGAAAUCGAUGACCUUACCUCCCGAGGAUCAAUACGGAAGGAAAAGUCCCGGGCCGUAUAACGCGUAUGAAGGUGGUCGCACGGGAAGUCCUGGCCCCCAACCUCCGUACGGGGGAGGCAUCGGUGUUGGACGCGUACCAUCUCCUGGACCGCAAGCAGCGUAUGCGGGUCGUACGCCAUCUCCUGGUCCCCAGAAUGCUUACGGAUCCGGGAUCCCUCGGACAACAUCUCCUGGCCCUUACGGAGCAUUUGAUGAAGAUCCAUAUGGAGGCACGGAUCAGCAUACAAUGGAGCAACACCAUCAGCAACAGACUCAAGGGCGAAACGAAAACUUUGGCUCUGCAGGUUGA